AUGAGCGAGAGAUUCUCCAAUGUAACUAAGUGGAAUAAUGACGAAGAGAAUAACAAAAGCUUAAAAGAAAUUUAUGUAAAUUACAAAAAGUUAUUAACCCUUAAUUCAAAUAGUACGAAUGCAGAGUGUGUCACAAACUCGGCCAAUGCUGUGGACGGAGCUAGCUUUUUUGUGUGUGCACCUGACCAUGUUAAUACAGAUAACGGUGCAAACUUUGUCAGUACGAACAUUACUAGAGGGAAUACAAUAUUUUUUGAAGCACAAAGCGAAGUAGAUGAAAAGGAAAUAAGCAAUUAUGCCGCCUUGAUACACAACGAUGAGAAGGAUGAACAAAAUUUAAAAAAAAAAAAAAAAAAAGUCAAGGAUGAAAAACGUUCAGAAAAUGAGAAUACCGAAAUACACAUUUCGACUCAUAUUUUCCCUGUGACAAAAAAUGAUGCUAUUCAAAAUAGAAAAAUAAAUAUAUUAACAAUAUCUCCCGAAGUUAGUGAUGCAAAAAAGAGUUGCAAAUUCCCUCAAGGGAAUAAUUUUCAUUUGAAAAAAUCCCUCAACGAUGAAUUCGUGUCAACUCAUAACAAGAAAUUAAUUUUAAAAGAUAGUGACAAUUUCAUCAAUCUCCCACGUGUUGGUGGCUUUAGCAAGGUUAGUGCACAUAGAAACAUAAUCCAACCUGGUGAUGCUAUCAACAACAAGCAGAAGCAAGAAGAAAAGAAUCAUGUCCCGACCACGCGAAGUGUAGAGGAAAAGGGGAAAAUCAACAAAACAUAUAACAAAAAUAACACUCAUACAAACAGUAUAAUCAAUUAUAAUGACCGUACUUUGAAAAUAUUUUGUAAUUUAAGAGAAGACAGUACAAAGAGUAGUAACCACGAAAGUGGAAGUCGAGGACGAAAUCGAUUCCAAAUUGGUGCUGGAAUUUUUCAAACAGGUGGAAGUAAUUGUAAACCAGUUACAGCCAUCCCAAAUGAAAAGAAGAGGGAAUUAAAGAGAAAAAACAAUUUCAUUUCAGCUAGUACAAUCGCUCAAAAUGGUACAAGCAAUAAGCCGUGCAUAGCAAAGCGAGAAAUUAAAACAAAAAACGUGAACAUGAGAAAGAAAAACGAGAGCAGAAGCGAGAACAAAGUCGAACACAAAAGGAGGUUAUCAUUAAGGAAGGUCCAAAAUAGUAAAAACACCAUGGACAACGUUAAUGAGUAUCCAAUAACGUCUAAAAACAUUUAUGACAGCAUAUACAUUCCUCAAAUCAAUAUAAGAAAUAUAAUAAAUUCGGAUCUUACAUGUAACUCAGCAGCAGAAGCUGCAUACGCGUAUAGUAACAACGUCACAACACUUGGUUGUGACGAGAAUGGCAAUAACGGUGCAGGUAAUGCAUUAAAACGGUCUGACAGUUCUAACCUAAUAAACACACUUAACGCUUAUUCUAACGUAAAAGUUGCAGUGCGAAUAAAACCAAUUUCAGAAUCGGAGGAAAAUAUCGUUUCUAUAUUUAAUAAAAACUAUGUUCUUAUCGAAAAAGAGAAUCAAAAAGAAUGCUAUUUAUUAUCACAAAAAAAAAAACAAGCAACAUACGUUUUUGACGUUGUUUUUGAUGUUAAUGCAACGCAGGAAGAAGUAUUUUUACAUACAGCUAAGCCACUAAUUCCACAUGUUUUUAAAGGAAUUAACUGCACAGUUUUUGCAUAUGGUGCAACGGGUUCUGGAAAGACUUACACAAUGUUAGAUGAUAAGAAUCACAAUGGAAUUGUCCAGCUAUCCUUACUGCAACUAUUCACAAUAAUAAAACAGAAGAAAUAUCAAAAUGUGAAAAUCAUUAUGAGUUUUCUAGAAGUGUAUAACGAAACGAUUAGAGAUUUAUUAGGGAAGGAAAAAAACAAACCAUUGGAAGUACAAGAAGAUAUUGCAGAAGUAAGAGUAAGUAAUUUAUGCGAGGUGCAAGUUGAAACGUAUGAACAAGCUAUGAUGUUAAUAAAUGAAGGAGUAAAAAAUAGAAAAAUGUCACCUACGAGGGAAAAUAAAGUAUCUAGUAGAUCCCAUGCAAUACUACAAAUUUAUGUACAUAAUGAAAUAUUAGAUAAUAAUAUGAACACAACAAAUUACAAAGCUAAAUUAUGCUUCGUCGAUUUAGCGGGUUCAGAAAGAGCUAGUGCUACAUCUAACAAAGGAGAAAGAUUUAAGGAAGGUUCCUAUAUUAAUCAGUCCCUACUAGCAUUAGCUAAUUGUAUUAACUCAUUAGCAUCUAAUAAAAAUAUACCCAAAGUUAGAGUCAAGUAUAGAGAUAGCAAAUUAACACAUCUACUGAAAAAUUCUUUAGAAGGAAAUUGCCUAGUUGUCAUGAUUGCAAAUAUUAAUCCAUCGAGAAAAUCUUUUCAAGAAUCAAACAAUACACUAAAAUAUGCCUUUCGUGCAAGGAAUAUUAAAUUAUGCGCAACUGUUCAGACAAAUGAUAAUAAAGAAAGUGACUUUGAAAAAAUUUUAAAAAGAAAUGAUAUUUUGCAAAAAGAAUAUGAUACAUUGUUAGAAAAAUAUAACAAAUUCAAGGAAUUUUUCUACAAUUUAAAAGUACUUUUCCAUUUGUACAAAAAUGUACACUCUUGCUACCAACGAAAAGAUAGUACAUCUGGAAAAAUGUCUAUCCUAGAAUUAAAACAAAAUAUUUCCAUAUAUGAACAAUUGAUUAAAAUCAAAUCAGAGGAGGCAAAGAAAAAAAUUAAUUCUCUCAACCAGAAUGAACAACAAGAUGAAAUGUUUCAACUAAACAUUUUUGAUUCUGUUGUAGAUAAAGAUUUAGACUAUUUCAUUCACACAAAUUUUGAUAUUCUAAAUGGUAAAGAUCGAAACAAACAGGUUCUUCUCGAUAAUAUAUCGUCAGACAUAAAUUUUAUGAAAACUGAUUAUAACAAAGUGUGCAAAAAGGGUGUGGAAAUUUUUUCACACAAUGAAGGAGAAGUGGAAGAAGCUGAAGAAGUGGAAGAAACUGAAGAAGUGGAAGAAACUGAAGAAGUGGAAAAAGCUGAAGAAGUGGAAAAAGCUGAAGAAGUGGAAGAGGCUGCAGGAGUGGAAGGAGAAAACAACAUAUCACAUGAGGAGAAUCCGUUGAACCAAAGGGGAAUAAUAGCUAAUAACGAAUUUACUACUUCAAAAAAUAGACACAGGAAACCAUCUAAUGGUCUUAUUACAGACCCUGUUCUACCAGUGAACCGUCCAGACAUUUAUCAUAUAAGUGCACCCACAGGAAAUGCAUCAGCUGAUGGAAGAAUAACUAUCACCAUGGAUAGUACGGCACGGAACGUAAAACGGUGUGAGAAAAAAAGUUUAUUUCAAACGGAUAGCUGUACUAAGAAUACAAAGGAGGAUGAAAAAAAGAAAUGUGGAGAUAUAAUGAACAAGAAUAUUUCUAAUGGGAUCAGAAAUAUGAACAUUACAAAUGUGGAAAAGACGACAAGUGGUGUGAAUAUUUUUAGUCAUGCCCAUAAGACACAUCAAGGGAAAAAAGAACAAUUACAAACAUUCCACAAUAAUCUGACAGAUAUGCAAAAUAGUAUAUUAAUGAAUACUAUAAACAAACAAAUGGGAAAUUCUUCUCAUGGAUCUAUAAUAAAAAAAAAAAAUGUAACAGAAUUUUUGAUGCAAGGUAGUACAAAAGAAAACACGGAGCAUUAUCUUAGCUUAAGUAACCAUAAAAAUAAAAAUACCAUAAUCUCCGAAUUUAAAAAUCAUGACCUGUUUAAUUACAAUAAAAUUUUAAAUAAUGAAAAUAUAAACAGCUAUAACGAUGGGAUACACAAAGACACAAGCAACAUCUUCAAAGAUAGUAAAAAUCUUUUCGAUAAUUCAGAUAUGCUCAAAAAUUGUACAGAAAAUUUUUAUGAUUCCAAUGGAGACAAAGAUGUAAAUUUGACAACCUUUGGAAAACCUAUGGAAAUAAAUCGAACAAACGAUGGUAUUAGUUUUCUUAAAAAAAAAUCAGAUUCACAGAUUAACACUCUUAAUAAUAAUAUCGAGCUUAAGGGGAAUAAGAGGAAAAUAGCUCUUCUUGAGGAAAACCUAAAACAUGAACAUUACGAUGAGAAUUCUACAUCUGUGCAGAAAAAAAAGUUAAAAAUAAGAGGAAAGUGA